AUGAGGGCUGUAUCGGCGAACUUACUUGCACUUCUCUUUCUCUGCACUUGUGCCAGUGUAUUCUACGUCUGGAGCAGAUUGGAGAGAUACAACACGGGACUACAGUUAACGAGUAGGGGGUCCGCUCACAUUGGGCCAUCCCCGGACCUCUCUGCUAAAACUUUCCGGGCUUUGCUCGCCGUUCCAGUAGCACAGAGACUGCAUUUUGGGGGCAUACUGGAUGCCCACAAUCUCACUGGUGUUGCGGAUCAAACUGGCUCUUUAGGAAUCAGAGAUUACCAUAUGAAUGUAGAUAACAAGGGGUCAGCACAGAGGGGGGUCCCGGCCAAAUUGGUCUCUCCGGUUGAGGGGAUUUUUUGGAGUGAAUGGCUUGAGGAUAAGUUUCCCGUCAGCUUCAGUGAGGAACAUGCCCGGGCAUGGAGAGGGAGAGCCCGGGGACACCGGAUUGUCAGACUGGAGCCGGGCUGUGGUAGAAUAUCCAAUCAACUGGCCACUUUUUCGGACCGAUCCAAAGCAUGCGUGCGUUAUGGAAUAAACGCGGACCAGGUGCAGGGGGAAACUUUGACUUAUUACCUGGCUAGUUUGCUGGGUAUUACAAAUCUGCCGCCUCUCAUCCUCGCCCAGUUGAACGUUGACAGUGAACAAUGGGCUUCUGUGAGAAGAAGAAUAGGAGGUUUACAGUGGAGUGAGCGGGCCGUGGUCUCACUCACCCAGUGGGUCGCCAACCUGACAGGGGUAAUCACACCUGCGCCGCUGCGCCAAGAGAGCAAGGGGCUGCGUCCUCUACGGGGGGAGCUGGGGAACAAGACGACGGCGGAGCUGCUCGAGCUAAUGCAGUGGACGGACCUGAUAAUAUUGGACUACCUGUCUGCUAACUUCGACAGGCUCGUUAGCAACCUAUUUAGCCUGCAGUGGGACUCGCGCGUGAUGGAGAGGGAGACCAACAACCUGCUCAGAACACCCCGUGGCGACCUGGUUUUCAUCGACAACGAGGCAGGGCUUGUGCACGGUUACCGUGUACUGGAUAUGUGGGAGAGGUACCACAGCACCGUCUUGGACUCAGUGUGUGUGUUCAGAAAGAGGACAGUACAGCGUGUUAUAGAACUGCACCGGCGCAGGGACACCAGGACUCGGCUGCUCGAGCUAUACAGAGACAGCGAACCAUUGUCUCCGGAAUUAGGGUUUCUCUCUGAUGAACAUGCGGGAGUACUACAGAGUCGAAUAAACAGAUUAUACAAACACAUAUUGCAUUGCAAGGUGAAGUACCAGCUGGGCAUUUAGUUUUGAUGCCUCUCAUUUAGAGGUUCUGUAUCUGGCAUCUGCUCCACAGAAUGACGUGUGCUGCAAAUCAGUAACCACACACCUGUACUAGAUUAAUGCGCGUCAGUUGAAACAGUUUUUUAAUAUAUUGAUGAACUACCUCUUGUGAAAACAACGUUUUGCCUACUUUAUAUGUCUGCAUAAAUAUACACAUUGACGUUGAUUUUUGGCUUCGUG